UGCUUGGCCAUGGCGGAUAAAGGGAACAACGACUCUUCCGAGUCGCGACCAUCUGCAACGACAUCUGCAGCGAUGGGAAGUGAGACCCCUACCUCCGGGGCGCCUCCAAUGAAAUCCUCUGCAUCUGGCCGGAGAGCAUACGGUACACUCAACUCGUCUUCACUCGAAUCACCAAAUCCAGAGGCGCGUCUCGAUGACGGCCAGGAAGAAACGAUGAGUCGCGUAUUUACAAACCAGUCGUCUGCCGACCCCGAUAGACCCCGCAAGCCAUCGGUCUCGCGCCGCAUGUCUUCCAAGCGUCAAAUCCCUCACAAGGGACAGGAAUUCUCGACGGACGAUGAUGUCACCGAGGUUCAACAAUAUAUGGCCAUGAAGGGCCCCGGCAUGCAAACGUCCCCUAGAAUACGACCGUUGCGAACACAAAGUUCAACCCUCAGGCGACGUCCCAGUGCUCGGCCCAGUCCCCUUGCUAGAGGGGAGUCUGAGAUCUAUAAUCCUGAUGAUAGCGGGUUGCCCGAUCCUGACUUGGAUAUCGACGACGAAAUACCUUCAUUUAACCAGGCGGAUGAGAAUAUCGAGACGGAAAGUGAUGAGACCGAGGACACAGACACCCUGGAGGAUGACGAAGACGCUGCCAGUGACGCAGAGAGCUUCACCCUCAAAGAUCGCCAGCAGGCCAUCAACGAAACGCACCCAUUCGGUAUCAGGAUCUGGAAGCCUGCGCUGUAUAAAAAGAGUCGUUCAGUGGAGAAGACCGCUGAGGGAGAUAUCCAUUCUUCCCCAGGUGGCCGUGUUAGUAGCAUCCUGUUCUUGACCAACCUGUUAUGGUCUUUGUUCUUUGGCUGGUGGCUUGCCCUAAUUGCUUUGCUUGCCGCGGUCGCAUGCUUUCUCUUUGCCUAUUCGUCGAGUGCCAUGGCAUAUGGGAGAGUAUUUGCGGGCCUUUCACGAUAUCUACUCUAUCCCUUCGGGUCGUUUGUCCUUUUAGAAACCGACGAACACUAUGCCGAAGAAGACGAAGGCGAGGGCCGCAGUAUCAGCGAAUAUGAGCAAUGGCAGAAUGGCGAUCUAGAACAUGGCCGUCUGUUCUUCGGGCCUCGCAGGGAUCGAUCGCUCGUGGGCAGACGCAGGAAUAGCAUUGAUUCAGCUGGCGAACAAGACAGUCUACUUGGACGACCUCAACGCGGACAGCAGGAUGAAUCUCAGCUGGCUCACUCCAAACGCCGUCUUUUCGGGCGUGGCGAAUGGACCCUGGGUCGGGUCGUGUUUUUUGUCUUCUUUUAUUUCCUUGUCGGACCACUGAUGCUUCUGGUAUCGCUCACAUGUUGGCUCCUGGUUUUCUGGAUUCCCAUGGGACGUGUCACGCUCACUUUGGUGAGCCACCUACGCAGGCACCCUUUGGCGCUGUCCUUCCAUUCCGAUACCACCUAUGCUAGAUUGAGCACUACUUCGUCCUCUUCGAUCCUGCUUUGUACCUACCGAGCGGCAGGGACCAGGUACUGGAAGUACACUGUUGAUGGAACGAACAUCUUCCUGAUCAACUUGCUUGGCGUGGUUGUCUUUGUCAUCGUUGACUAUUUCCUCCUUGGGAAGUUCUUGGGCUUGAAGACCUGGAUCACGCAUCCAGGGCUGAUAUUCACUCUGGCUCUGCUUUCCAUUAUCCCUCUGGCCUACUUCAUUGGGCAAGCCGUCGCCUCGAUCUCUGCUCAGUCUUCGAUGGGUCUAGGUGCUGCCAUCAACGCCUUCUUCUCCACUGUUGUAGAGGUGUAUCUGUAUUGUGUUGCCUUGACCGAGGGAAAAGCACAGCUUGUGGAGGGAAGCAUUAUCGGUAGUAUUUUUGCUGGCAUUUUGUUCCUCCCUGGCUUGUCCAUGUGCUUCGGUGCUAUCAAGCGGAAGACUCAACGGUUCAAUGUGAAAUCGGCCGGUGUCACCUCGACUAUGCUGUUGUUCGCGGUGAUCGCUGCCUUUGGGCCCACUCUUUUCUAUCAAGUCUAUGGUAGUCACGAAUUGAAUUGUCACUCGUGUGUUAACUCCAUCGAUUCGGAUAGCCGAGAUUGUCGCCGCUGUUAUUUCUCUCAAACGGCGGCCAUUAACGACCAGUUCUUCCAAAAAGCCGUUCAACCAUAUGCCUGGUUUGCGGCUGUCUUCCUUUUCCUGUCGUACAUCAUCGGUCUAUGGUUCACUCUCAGAACCCAUGCCGCUCUCAUUUGGGCAACUGAAAUGGAAGAGAAGAAACAUGCUCAGGCUACCCUCGAAUCAUCCUUUUAUGAGCCAAGGCAUCUCCUCUUCCCGGGUGAUCAGCCCGAGGCAUCCGGUGCAAUUUCUGGAAGUAAGGAUUCAAUUCGUGAAUCUCAGUUGUACAAGCGAAUUUUGGGCCAAUCCUUGAGACAUUACGGGUUGGAGGACAAUGGCACAGGCAACUGGGAGCCGGCGGACGGUGAAGCAAGAGCUGGAACCAGAAAUAACAAUGUGCACUUGGUACCACCACGGUCUAGCGGCGAGGAGAACGUCGACCCAAAGGCUAUCGGUGGUCUGUCUAGAGAAGACAACGAACGUCUGGUACGCCAAGUUACCGAAGUAGCUGCAACGGCUGCGGCAGUGGCUGCGCGGGAUGCAACCAGAAGCCGCAAGCCCCCGGGUCAGAGUUCUGCCAACCGACAGGCUGGUCGUGCAGCAGCGGAACAGCCACGAACCCCUGGAGAAGAGCUUGAGGAUAUAGGUGUGAAUGUGGAAGCUGCCCAGGCUGGUGGGGGACAUGAUGCACCCAAUUGGAGCAAAGCGAAGAGUUCUAUCAUUCUCCUUGGAGCAACUUUCCUCUAUGCGGUUAUCGCUGAAAUCCUCGUCAAUACAGUUGAUGUUGUCUUGGAGAGUGUGGAUAUUGACGAGAAGUUCCUCGGUAUCACUCUUUUCGCUUUGGUCCCUAACACCACAGAGUUCUUGAAUGCCAUCUCCUUUGCCAUGAAUGGCAACAUCGCGUUGUCUAUGGAAAUCGGUUCAGCCUAUGCACUGCAAGUCUGUCUGCUGCAGGUGCCCGCUGUGGUUCUUUUUAGUGCGGUCUAUGGAAGCACGUUGGAUCCAUCUGAGCUUGUUAGCCACUCAUUCAAUCUGAUCUUCCCUCAAUGGGACAUGAUCACCGUUAUUCUGUGCGUAUUCCUGUUGUCAUAUGUCUAUGGCGAAGGAAAGAGCAACUAUUUCAAGGGUUCCAUUCUCGUCCUCACCUACUUCGUCGUUGUUCUUGGCUUCUACAUGUCAGGUUACGUCAAUAUGGAUAGCAUGGGCGUGGAUCGGUUUGAUACUCUCGCUCUGGGCAGCACAAGCGGCGUCGAGAAGUUCUACACCAUUGGGCGAACAAGAGGCGGGGAAGCCUAUUAA